GGAUUACUUGAUGCUUUUUACAACUUUCUCCAUUCCUUUAAAAUUGUUCAUUUUUUUUAGUUUUUUAUUAAAUUAUUUUUUUAAAAUUCGAUAAAACUUACUCCGUAUAUGGAGAUGGAAAAUUCGCUGUGUACACCCCGGUUUACACACCGGUGUACACAGCACAAAAAGCCCCACCCCCACCCCUUUGUAACCGUAUAACCCCCACCCUCUCUCCCCUCUUAAUUUUUUUUCCGUCUCUCCCUCCCCUGCACAGAGAAGAAAUUGUCUGCUGCGAAAAUCUUUCGUCUGUAACUAUUCUCUCUCUCUCUGAAGAGGUGAUCGAGCUUUUGCAGCGGCCAUGGAAGCUAGUAAGACGUAUUGCGGCGCCGACGAAGUUGGCCUGGGCUGGACAUUUGAGGAUAUAUUCGGUCCGAGUCCCGGGGACACGCCAGUGGCGAUGGAAAGCUUUGAAGAUGCGACAGAAUUCAUGAGGCAAGGGCAUGAAGAGGCAGAAACAACGGCGAUGAAGGGUGCGACAGAAGGUGAUGAAGGGAUGGCCGAUGGGAAAACUGUGGAUGCUGAGCAAGAUGCAUACAGAAAUAAUAAUGAGGAAGAAGAUGUUGAUGCGGUUGUUCCUGAAGUGGGCAUGAAGUUUGACAGCACUGAGGUCGUUUAUGAGUUUUACAAAAAAUAUGGUAGAAGGAUAGGAUUUCCGGUUAGAAAAAGAACAUCAACGAAGGAUAGAAAAGGCGACGUAGUGUCAAUAGUAAUAGAGUGCUCACAGGAAAAACCGUUUGAAGGGGCCUCUGGAAAAGGGGAAAACGAAGUCAAAGGCUAGUGGGCGUAAUAAACGAAAGGCAGCGGACACUGCUGUUGAAGAGGGAUGCGCUGAUCAACAUGGUGUUGGUGUAGUCAACAAUACUAUGACAUUACACUUUCAGGACGGAUUAGAUUUAAAUCUUACUCUUUUUUGAAUGUAGUAUAUGAUUGGAAUGAUUUACAUCCUUGUUUAUGGAAUGUUGUAAACAAAAUUACUAUUAUGUGAAGGUAGG